GUGAUUUUCAUCUUUUUCUCAUUGCACUAUAACCUAUUCAUUCUUCCACAUCUCUCUUUCUCUCUGCCUUUGCUUCUUUCUUAUUUUCCCCCUUGUCAUUUCCCCAUUUCUUGCCAAAAAUACACAGGAAUUCCGCCACCACCACCACAAAUAUCAUCAAAUCAUGUCUGCACCUCAUCAUGAUUACAGUCGACGAAAAGAUUCCAACUCCAUAGAGGGCUCCUCCUCCUCCUCCCGAUCCAAUCAACAACAAGCACCUCAACCUCUUAGCCGAUAUGAGUCUCAGAAACGCCGAGACUGGAACACUUUUGGCCAGUACUUGAAGAACCAAACACCCCCAGUCUCUCUCUCUCAAUGCAACUGUAACCAUGUCCUCGAUUUCCUUCGCUACUUGGACCAGUUCGGGAAGACUAAGGUUCACUUACACGGCUGUGUCUUCUUCGGGCAGCCUGACCCUCCUGCCCCGUGCACGUGCCCGCUUAGGCAGGCAUGGGGCAGCCUGGACGCGCUGAUCGGCCGCCUCCGUGCGGCGUACGAGGAGCACGGAGGGUCGCCUGAGACGAACCCUUUUGGGAAUGGAGCUAUUCGGGUUUACUUACGUGAAGUGAAGGAGUGUCAGGCUAAGGCAAGAGGGAUUCCAUACAAGAAGAAGAAGAAGAAGAGAAACGGUCAGCUUAAGGCAAUUAACGACGAGGCUAAUAAGGGUUUGAAGCAGAUCACUUCUUAAAUUAGUUCCUUUGGCUUCUGAAGAUAUUGAUGGAUCACGCAAAAGAUAAUCUGGAUGCAGGAUAUAUAAAUGGUGCAUUUUAUUUGGCAAAAAGACUCAUCUCUUCAUCAUAAUAUCGUAUUUCCCCCUCUCUUAAAAAAUAUAGUAAUUAUAUAUAUAUGUUAAUUAUGAUGAGCCUAGCUAGUCCUAAAUAAUCUUUAUAUACUCGCACAGCAAGCUAGCUCAAUGGUUUGUAUUUGAAUUUGUAGCCAAUCAACAACACCACCUUUGUAAGCUCUAGUUACAUAUCCUAGACUUUUUCAAAUUAAGUUAUGUCUAGCUCUCCUGUUACAGCUAGCUUCCAUAAA